AUGGCGCGGCACUCGACCAAGGACGACCCUCCACCACCAUCCCCGCCAUCCAUCGAUGUCUCGGCGGCGCAGGCCCUCCUCGACCUCCAUCCUGGGUGGCAGCCAUCCGUCAAGUCUGAUGCCGGUGCCGAUGACAACAGCUCCACACCUCCACCCGACUCGACCCAGGUCGCUCGCCCAACAAUGACAGUCACUCCCCCCACUGCAACUGACGCCCAGUUUGACGACACGGCCGCCACCGCCCGGUCUGUUCGCGACGAGUCAAUCCCACCCGCCGCCCACUCGCGCCGCUCCUCCUUCUCGCGCGAGUUCCUCACCCCCGACUCGCGCGCCGGCUCACCAUACCCUACGCCGACACGCCGCCGGCGCACCUCGACCCGCUCAAAGUCACCGAAUCCGCCAGACCCUACUCGCGCGAACGCCGCCGGAAGAAAGGACUACCCCGGCCUCGAGCCCGACGACCUCGCCCUCGUGCUCCGGUUCCCGCAGCGCCAGCGUUCCAAGAACGCGCGAUAUGUGCGUGCUUCCUCCAUCAUCCUCACCUAA